AUGAACUGCUUGAAAAAAAAAAUAUCUGAAUACAGAAAAGAAAAUAUGAUCCAAAAUCAGGAAAUUGAGUCGCUUAAAGAAGAAAUAGCUCGCUUAAACAGCAUAAUAAAUGCAAACGUAGAAGCUGCAGAGCUUUCAUCUUCUCCUAAAAUAGCAUUAAUUGAACCUGCUAUCGCUCUUAAUCCUUCAGAAGCAGCUCAAACUUCAAUGAAUUAUCAAGAAUUAAAUGAAGUUCCUGCAAACAUCUUAACCACUAAGGUAAAAGAAGUCUAUGAAAGAGUGGGCCCUUAUGAAUUUGAUGCUGAUCAGCUGGUUGAGGUUACUUGGAGAGGUCCAAGAAAGCUGCCAGAUGGCAGUUUAUAUGUAGGAGAAUGGAACGAUAGAGGCCAACCUGAAGGAAGAGGCAUGAUGUAUUGUGCAGAUGGAGGAAUUUGUGAAGGCAGUUGAAAAACUGGAAAACUUCAUGGUAAAGGCAGAAGGAUCAAUUCAGUGGGAGAUAUGUACUUACUAUCCUCCUCCAAAAUGAGUGAACAAAAAAUUUUGUUCGCUAAAGGGGGUUAGUUCUUAACAAAUUUAAAUAUAAAUUUUAUAGUAAUUUUUUUAAUAUUUAAAAAAAUCCCAAUUCCCAAAAAUUGGAAAGUAAAAUUUAUGUUUUAAAUGCAAGCUGUUUAAAAUUAAACAAAUUUCGCUAGAUAUCUCAUUAUAAUAAUUGUCACUUAUAUAUCCAAAUAUUUUUUAAUAAGAAAUUUUUUGUUCUCUCAAGAAGGUGUUAGGAGACUGGGUUGAGGGGAAAAUGAAUGGCAGCGGACGUAUGGAAUACUCUGUAGAUAAUCACAUCUACGAAGGAGAAUGGAUUAAUGGCAAACAGGAAGGUUUUGGCUCUGACAAAUGGCCAGAUGGGUCAAAGUUCGAAGGAAACUACAAAGAUGGUGCCAGAAAUGGACAAGGAAAAUUCGUAUGGGCUGAUGGGAGCCACUAUGAAGGCGGGCUCGUGAAUAGCGAAAUUGAAGGCAUAGGCGAAUACGUGUGGCCUAAUGGAAAUAAAUAUAAAGGGGAAUGGAAAUCCUGCAAAAUGCAUGGAAAAGGAAAGUUUGCAUGACCAGAUGGAAGACAUUAUGAAGGAGAUUAUGCAGAUGACAAAAAAGAAGGAUAUGGUAUUUUUGUUUGGACUAAUGGAUAG